AUGACAACUUAUGGAACCAUACCAUCACCUUUAUCACCCCCGCCGUCGUCCGACCUAGAGUUCAUCUCCCGAGCCAAAGCGCGGAUCAGGUCCGGCCUCGCCACACGCCGACCAUGGAAGGAGAUGUUCCUGCUCUCCGCAAUGGCCCCUCCAGACGCCCUCGGCGCAUCCGUCGGGCGGAUCCAAAUGAAUGUCGCGAUCUUCCGUAUGAACUACGCCAUCAUCGUGCUGACGAUCCUCUUCCUGAGCCUGCUGUGGCACCCCGUGUCGCUGAUCGUGUUCGUGGUGAUGAUGAUCGCGUGGCUGUUCCUGUACUUCCUGAGAGAUCAACCAUUGACCUUGUUCGGCCGAGAGAUCGAUGAUCGGGUGGUGAUGACAACGUUGUUCCUGGGCACCGUCCUCGCGCUUUCUUUCACUCAUGCGACCGAUAACAUAAUUGUGGCGCUGUUUAUCGGAGUCGUGGUGGUCGUAGUGCAUGGAGCAUUGAGGGAGACAGAUGAUCCGCUGGUGGACGACGAUCCACAAGCCACCGGAUCCGGCGGUGGAGACGCCUCGAAUACGCAGUUCCGGGGUCCUACUCCGGCUGCUUAUACCUUGUCUUAG